AUGGAUGCAACUGCUCAUAUAGGCAGUGCGUUUGAUCUCCGGGGGAAUAUCGGCGAAGAAAGCCCUCUCUCAGUGGAGAACGAGGCACCACCAAACGCUUUUCAGGGCACGCGGGGCUCGGACACGGAAAAUGAUAGCCGACUCUCGCUCGGUGCGCUUUCGUCCUAUGCGCCGUUGCUUGUGGAAGUUGCUUGCCAGCUAAGCAAGUUACGAGAUCGACUAAACGACUUGGAGCAUCAAUCGAGAAAAUCGAGCUGUGUCCAAGACCAGCUGGGUGCACUUGCCAAUCAGGUAGCCGUAUUAGAGGAGCGCUUGCGCCAGCACGUGCUGGCUCGCGAGCACUGGUGCGCUGCUGAAUCCGUUCCCGAACGGAAAUCCCUCCUCGAAAGCGAGGAUGCAUCGGACGCUGUGGACAAACUCGCCGAGGAGUUCAGAGACCAAUUUUUAGACAUCAGAGCGUUCGAGCUCCGCCUCACUCAAGCGGUCAACGCGCGCUUUCUGGAACUCUAUCGCUGGACGGAGUCCCAAUUGACCCGUCUCGAGGAAAGACUUGCCAGCAUCGACGUGGACGGCUCUCUGAAGCGCGAGAUGGCCACGCAUGCAGAGCAAAUAGGUCAAAAACUGGAACACCUUGAAUCGGGCAUGCGUUCGUGCAUUUCACGCGAGGAGUGGUCACGUGAGCGUGACGCCCUUGAAAAGCACCUUCGCCAUGAUCUCGGCGAGUGCGCGAAUCGCAACGCGUCGUCGAAACCGUCGGCACCCACAGAGCAGGGCACAACCUCAACCUCAGUUGCGCUGGAUGCGAUGCGUAGUGUCAUGCACCUCCAGAGCACCGUCGAGGGGAAUGCUCGCGCUGUCGAGGACGCCCUCACAGCAGUACGCACGAGCUGCCAAGCGCUCAACCAACGUCUGCAAAGAAUAGAACACCAGUUAACAACGGAUGAAUUCGUCGGCGGCGCUGGCAUGCGACAGGUCGCGCCACCACCAGACUGGAACCAGAUCCAGCAAACCGUCCGAAAACUCGAAAGCCAGCUGCAGAAACUAUCUUCCCGGUUACCGGAUCCCGAAGAAAUACACACCGCCGUAACACAGACCAAGGAACUAACUGGCCGGAACGAUCAACUCGAACGAAGAGUAGAGCGCUUGCACGUCCAAAUGGAAAGCGAGCGGAACCAGCGCAGCGAGCUGGAGCACAAGGUAACCCGCCUGGAGGACUUUACCAGCACUUUACAAUCACUACCCGCCGAGUUGACGAGUCUCACCAAGUCCAUGACCCAAGGCGAUGAAGUUCUACAAGAGUGGGUGCGCGGCCAGCUCCAACGACUCGAUGCGCGACUCCAUGAACACGAAUCUUCACUACACGAGCUUCGUGCGGAGACGGCGCACCUCUACGAACAGUAUGCGGAAGUAGCAGCUCUGAUCCUGUUGAUGACUCCAGCCGACAACCGGGCCACAGUGGAGCGACGAAUUCGACAACUAUUGCCGGGCCUUGGAGCGCUGAAAUUGCCCGCAUCACGCGCUGGCACCUCCGAGGACACCCGCUGA